CCCCCGAGAAUUCACCGCACACCUGGUCUCCGCAGGAAGCGUUGGGUGGCAGCUGAGCUCCGGGAAGCAGGUUAGGGUGUGAGAGAAACAGUCACCUUCAGCCUAAUUGCUCAAAUGCUGUCCCCAGCACCGAGGGGACAGCAGCUUUUCUGCUGAGUCUGUUGGAGGCCGAGCCGCAGCACAGCUCAGCACAGCCUGAGAGCUGAGCGGAGCCCAGCGAUGGCCCUGCCCCGGCCACACCCGGCCUGACCAGGCCUCUGUGGGGAAGGGUCCCGGGUGUAGCCCUGAAGACGAGGCUCGUGGGCUUGCUGGGAACGAUGAAAAGGAGGAAACUCUGUGACUGACGCUCCAGCCAGAACCCAGCCAGAGGGGGACCAUAGUGGCCCAGGCGCCCAGGCCAGCCAGCCCCUGGUUGGGAGAAGCCUCGGACAGUCCUGCUCCCAAAACUGUUGGGAAAGGCGGAGGGGUCCCAGCGCCCAGAAGCGGGCUGCGGUGCGGAUGCCGGAUGACGGUGCCGGGAUGGAGACCGCCAAGAAGGAAAAGGCAGAGCAGAUCCUGGCGGAGUUCCGACUGCAGGAGGAGGACCUGAAGAAGGUGAUGAGGCGGAUGCAGAAGGAGAUGGACCGUGGCCUGAGGCUGGAGACUCACCAGGAGGCCAGCGUGAAGAUGCUGCCCACCUACGUACGCUCCACCCCCGAAGGCUCAGAAGUUGGGGACUUCCUCUCGCUGGACCUGGGCGGCACCAACUUCCGGGUGAUGCUGGUGAAGGUGGGGGAGGGGGAGGCCGGCCACUGGAGCGUGAAGACCAAGCACCAGAUGUACUGCAUCCCCGAGGACGCCAUGACGGGCACCGCGGAGAUGCUCUUCGACUACAUCUCCGAGUGCAUCUCCGACUUCCUGGACAAGCACCAGAUGAAGCACAGGAAGCUGCCCUUGGGCUUCACCUUCUCCUUUCCCGUGAGGCAUGAAGACAUCGACAAGGGCAUCCUGCUCAACUGGACCAAGGGCUUCAAGGCCUCGGGAGCAGAAGGGAACAACAUUGUGGGGCUCCUGCGAGACGCCAUCAAGCGGAGAGGGGACUUUGAGAUGGACGUGGUAGCGAUGGUGAACGACACUGUGGCCACAAUGAUCUCCUGCUACUACGAAGACCGCCAGUGUGAGGUUGGCAUGAUUGUGGGUAAGGACUCGUGCCCUGCCCUGUCCAGGGGCCUCGUCCUCGGGCCCUGAGGAGUGAGGGCCACAGUCAGUGCGGGGCCUGAGCACCCGGGCAGGCUUGGGGAGGGCAGGGGCGCCCCCAUGCAAGCUCUGUCCUGAUGGGAAGCAGUCACACUGCAUCACUGCAUCAGAUGGCACGCCUGCCGCACCUGCACCUGGCCCAUCAGAUUUAAUUAAAAACUUUAUCUGGUAAAUUGACCAAAUGAGACAGAUUUGUCCAAGUGGAAGAGAAUAAGCAAAGUGGUGUCAUCUCUUCCUGGAAGGUCUGACCGUACCCAGGGCCAGCCUGCCCUAGCCGGUCCCACACUGUGUCUUACCUCAGGGCGCCCCCCUCCCCCCGCCCCCAAACAGAGCCCAAGACAGCGGCUUAACUGUAUGAAUGGAAAAAGCCAGGAAACAAGGGUGGAGCAUAGACAAAACCGUAACAUCCAGCACCCAUCUCUACUGUGCACAUUGGACACGUUUCUCUCAAUCCUCCCAACCAGCCAGAUGAGGGGAGGAGGAGGUGUUCCCCUUCCCUGGUGGGGAAGAGGGACAGCCCAGAGGGGUGGGUCCAUCCACCUGCGGCCAUACAGCGGACAGGUGCCGUGUGCCUGGGAGCGGUGGGGGCAGGGAAGGCUGCCCUGGGCUUCCUGCGGGCUGGGGCAUCCAGGAGAGGGGGUGGGGUGAGCAUGGGGAAGGGUGAAGAGAGGGGAGGGGUGGGACGUGUAGUAGAGGCGGCUGGGGAAGCGCACCCCCUGCCGGGGGGUCCGUGGGUCCGACGCUGCCGCC